AUGGGCGAGAUCAUGGAAUCGCGCUUUCAGGGGCCGAUCAGGCCACCACUGGCGAUGCCCUCUGCGCCGGGAACACCGGGGACACCGGGGACACCGGGGACGCCAUCGACACCUACUGGCACCAAUCCGUCACCCGUCCGGCCGAAGCUCUACCGUCGCCAGUCUCGCUUCACGGAAGAGCCCAUGACGGAGAGGACGCCUGCCUGCUCAGCGUCGAUCCACUCCUUUGAUCCCUCCGCCCUUGACGACUCAAACGUCAAUACUCUCACACACACAAACACCGUUCAGCAAUUCCGCACCGCGAACAGGACCGUCAGUCGAGACCUAAGCCACAGGAGCAGCAACCUCAGACGUGACCUGAACAGCUUCUCCUUUGGAGGAGCACCAGCAACCCCCGUCCUACAAGAGGAGUCCCCAACAGCAAUAUCAAGAACGGGGACUCUCGACCCCCCACCGCAACCCCUAUCCUCCCCAACUACAGCAGAGAUCCCACCACCAUCUGGCCCUCUUCCACUACAUCAAUCAGCAGGCCUAUCCCCUGAAGAGAAAAGACGGGUUUGGCUCCGGUUAGCAAACUCGGUAUUGCACUCCGCGCCGACGUUGGUGCUGCUGUAUAUAAUGUCCACCUCCAUCUCGGCGUUCAGAUCGACCGCCAAAUUCUCCUCCCCGGGCAUAACCCUUCUCUCAAUCCUCUACCUCGACGCAAUCCUCAACAUCAUCACCUGCUUCCGCAUCCGCUCCCCCUGGCCAAGAUGGCGGUUAUCCCUCCGCUUUCUUUUCGGGCUAGGGUACAUGAUCCUCUUUUUCGUGUACAUCGGUCUCGGAAAUGAGGUUCUCCCGAAGGGGUAUACCUACUGGAACGUGCCAGACAAAAUGGCUACACCGCUGGUGUAUAUCUUUCUCUGGUGGUUAGCCGCGUGGGAUCUGGCCCACCUGCCGGUGUGCAGACCGGAGCUGUUUAGCUGUGCUAGGAAACGGGAGGGACAGCAGGAAGGGAGGAGACCGAGUGUUGCCUUGUCGGAAUUGCACCCUACCAGCUUCCGGGCUAGGGUCCCGAGUAGUGUUGGGGGGGAGAGCGUGGUGAGUUAUACCUGGAGGAGGUGGGUGCAACGGACCAGGACGCAUAGCACGGGGGGUGUUCACUUUCAUGAGAUGGGACAUAAUGAUGUGGAGAUGGGACCUACCAGGACGAGGACGAGGGAGGGGGAUGUCAUUGGUGAGGGGGAGAGUAUUAGUGGGAGGAGGUCGGAGUCGAUGAGGACGGGGACCGCGCAUAGUGGGGAGGUUACACUAAGGGGGGAUGAGUUUGAGAGGAGGAGUGGGGAGAAGGAGAAGGAGGCUGAAGCUGGUGGCGCUGGGAAGAGAGGAGAGGAAGGCGGGCGGCUGGAGGAAAGCCCGAAGACGGUGAGGGCUGCUGAUGUUGGUCAAUGAGGUCGUUUCUUGUGGGGAGGUGCUGGUUGUGGUUGGGUUUUGCUAGGUCUCGGAGCUGGAACGGUGAUAAGGUCUCGAGUAUCAUGACCUGCGGCUUCAUCGGACCUGUUGGGGAUCUACCAUCAAAUCAGCCUUCAUCAGCCUCCUCAAGAGCGACACAAGGGGUAUUUCUUUCGGAGUUGGAACAUUUGGCAUAGCGUUGUUGUUGUUUGUUUGUUGGCUUGGGCAAGCGGCGUGGGUUUGAACGGAAGAGAUGAAAGACGAUCACGAGGUCAAGAAAGACAUGCAUUUCAUACACGAUCAUUAUCAUCAUCACGAUACCCCCCUUUUUUUAUAUCUCGAACACCCCUUCAUUUCCACAAAAAGUAUAUAAAGUGCAUAGCAUGUAAUUAUCAUAAUAGCCCACUACACCUCUACUUGUAAUCAUCUAACCCUAGUAUAAUUUCCACUCCUCUACAUAGGUCGUAUGAGUAACUCUUGAAACGUUAGCAGUGUAGUACACGAAUAUGUUUGCACGUGCAAAAUGACAGUUUCAUAAGUCAAUCACGCAGCUUUGGGGCCGGAGAUUCUCGUGGUCAGCAGCCAUUGGUGUAACAUUUGUUCAAAUCUUCAGCCCAGGUCAGAGUUGAGGCUAGCCCACGCCGUCGGCGAGUGUAGAUCUUGGUAGAAAAUUGGUCUCUUUGUGGAUAUCUCAUCUCAUUGGCAAACUGCCGUCUGGGCUGUGAAGUGCGGUUACGCAAUUCAUCGGUGAUAGCAAACGUGAUGUUCGGUGGAACCUCGUGUUGAGGGCAGCUCCCAAGCACUUUGGGCUGCGUCUCUUCUUGGCGGUGCACCGCCGCAGGAAGAAGCCCAGGGACGGCGAAAACUUGCC